AUGUUUUUCGCAAAACGUGUUUUCUUAUGUUUUCUCGUAUUUUCAAUUUUAGUACUAAGAAAUGUAGGCAGCUUAAAAUCCAACGAACAUAAAAAUUUAAGCAACCCAGAUGAGCUGAACUCCACUGGUGGAGGAAAGGACGAGACUAACAAAGGCGAAGCAGGAAAAGGGCAAAACGAAAGCCAAACAGAACCCGUUGGUGAUGUACAACCCAUUGAAGGUGUAAAGAAAGGCAUUGGGAAGACAGAAACGCAAAAUGAUGUAGUAAAAGAGACAAAAGAAGAGGAUGAUGAAUAUAAAUACAUCAUGGAAAAAAUCUUAGGAGGGGACAAGGGGGAGAAUCUAAAUGAAAACCAUAUUGUGUCAACAAAUUUAUCAAAUAAGCAAGAACAAAAUGUAGACCUCACGGCAAAUACAAAGAAACUUAAUGAUAUAAUACAGCAGUACUAUAAAAAUGUGUUAGUUCCAAGGAUACAGAAAAAGAGGGAAGAAGAAGAGAAGAAAAAGAAGGAAAAUGAAAAAUCACCACUUAUAACAAGAAUUAAAAAAUUUUUCAAAAAAGAAGACGAAAAAAUAAAAACACCAACUACAAUAAUAGAUUACAUAAGAGAAAAAGAUAAAAAAAUAUUAAAACUUGAAGAGAAAAACACUUCAAUGAACUCAAGGGAAACUAUAUAUAAACGUUUAUUUUGGGCUACUGCUUAUGUGCUUUUUAACAUAGCCCUAGUUCCAUUAAUUGGUUAUCUAUAUGUUUCCAAAACAUGUAAAGAUACUAUCAUGAAAGAAUAUGAAAAUAACAAGGACAGGAGAAUUGUACCAUAUAAUUACGAUUUUGGAGAUGACAGGCCUAAUAUAAAUUUUAUGGGAAUGAAUUUCCAGAACUGUAAGCAUUACUUUGCAGAUAAUGCACGUAAAUCUCCCUUCCUUAUUGGGAUGGUUCAAGGAGAUCCAUACGCAAUCAUAAAGUUGUAA